GAUCGCAUGUUCCCAUGCUCAAAAAUAGCCCCAGAUAUCGUAUCACCAUCACACAAGCUCUCGCACUCGGAGCGUUCAUUAUGGGGGCCAUUUUGUGUUAGAUCGUUGGAUAUUGAAUGGGGUCAAGGUCAUAGACUUUAGAACUGUUGAUCAUCAUGGCCAGCAAAGAGGGCAUGCAGAGAUGGACAGGACGUGUUGCCUUGGUGACAGGAGCCUCUUCUGGUAUUGGUCAAGCCACAGCGAGGGCGCUUGCAAGACAUGGCAUGAGAGUGGUUGGCUGUGCCAGGAACAUCAAACCAAUUGAGGAUGAUGCUCAGAUGUUAUCGGGAGACAGCACUGUCACCGGCUCCCUGCAUGCAAUCAAAUGCAACUUGAUGCAAGAGGAUGAAAUCCUAGCGAUGUUUGCCAAGAUCAGGGAGACGUUUGGCGGUGUGGACGUCUGUAUAAGUAAUGCAGGAUUCAGUGAUUCUGGUUCACUUAGUUCACAGUUGACCGUACUGAAUGGAGAUGCGGCAAAAUGGCGAGGAAUAUUUGAUGUGAAUGUUUUGGCUGUCGCUCUUUGCUGUCGAGAGGCCGUGAGACAAAUGGAGGAGAAGGGAGCAACAGAUGGUCAGCUGUUGGUGACCAACAGCAUGUCUGGCCAUCGAUUAACCCCAAAAGUCAACUUGUUUCAUGCCAUCACCAAGCAUGCUGUGAGUGUCCUGGUGGAAGGUAUCCGACGGGAGUUGAGGGAGAAGAAAAGCCACAUAAGAAUUGCACAAAUCUCACCUGGGAUAGUAGAUACAAGAUCUCAAGAACGCAUGCAAGCUGGCUUUUAUCCCGAAGAGGUCAAUGCUUUUUACAAAACGUUGGAGGCAUUAAGACCUGAAGAUAUUGCUGAUAAUAUGCUCCAUGUACUGCAAACGCCACCCCACGUUCAGGUGCAUGAUAUCCUUAUCAGACCAACGGAGCAGUCCUUUUGAGAGCACACAGGUGAUCAAACUGAAGAACUGAACUUCCCAGGGCCACUUCACCCAUUUGUGUGUGGUUUUCCAGGUUCUUAGAGAAUCAAAUAUGCACAUUUCUAUUUCAUAUUCGGCUGUGCAAAUGCCACUUUUUGAACUUCAUUUUCACACGUUAAUUUUAAAAAAUGAAAUUUUGUACUGGUGGAGCCUAAAGAGGUUAUUUUUAGAAGACUUAUUAUGCUACCUCCAACUGAAAAUCCUAAUCUAUGCACAUGUAUAAAGGCCAUCUUGAAAGUUGGCAAUCAUACAAGUUGAUACAAGGAAAUAGCAAUGCAGUUGAAUAUUUGUACAGGAAUUUUUCGGAAUUGUCCAUCUUGUAGUUGGUUACAGUAGUUAGACUGUCAGUGCUCCAAGGUCACAUCCCCGCCAAUAUAUGCAAUACAUGUACUUUAUUGCUUUGGCACUCUCAAAGUCUUAAUUGCUAUGCAUAAUGUUCAUACCAUCAUAGAUAAUGUAUCAAGGCUGAGCUUU